UGAUACCACUUUGGCAAAUUUUAAACCUUUCAGCUCUGAAACAAAAGAAACUAAAGUAAUCAAAUAUUAAAAAAUGAGUCCCUAUAUGGGACCUCAACUUCUCUCUCUAUAACUCCCUCUUCUUGGAAGGAGAAUCUCCGAACCACUAGUUUUCUGUGAGCAUUAUCUAAAAGAUGAAACGCAUGGAAAUCUUCUGUGCGUCUGAAGCCUCAACAGCCAUAUGCCUCAGCACGGAUCAAGCCUCAUGUUCAUCUUCUUCCAACACCAUUCUGCUUGGAGGCAGAGUCAUUGACCGCCACAACCCCAUUAUCAAUGACUCAAGAAGGAGCACUUCCAAAUCUCUCACUGCCCCAUGUUCCUCUUCUCACUCACCCAUCAACCCCAAGCCUUACCAUGAGCUCCACAAGCCCAACAAAAACUCUUGUUCCAAAACUCCAACCAAGGAACAUCAAAAUCACAAGAACAAAAACACCACCCAACAUCUCACCAACACUUCUAAACCAGUGACUUCGCUUAAGCCACCUUCUGCUUCAAUCACUCCUCAUGCUUCAACUAGAUCUUUGCUCGCUGCCUCCUCCUUAUUGGAUUCUUCUUCACAUUAUGAUCCUGUUUUUCAAGAUGAAAACAUUCCUGUUUCUAAACUUUCUAGCUCUUCCCAUCCAAAAUCUUGUUCCUCAGACCAGGUUGUGGUAUUGAGAGUAUCUCUGCAUUGCAAAGGCUGUGAAGGGAAAGUGAGGAAACAUCUCUCCAGAAUGCAAGGAGUUACUUCCUUCGACAUAGAUUUUGCUGCAAAGAAGGUGACAGUUGUUGGGGAUGUGACUCCAUUGAGUGUCUUGGCUAGCAUAUCGAAGGUGAAAAAUGCACAAUUAUGGCCAGCAACUGCAUCAGCUACUGUUGAAACUAAGUAAUAAAGAGGGAAGUAGAAUAUUCAUAUUCAUGUAUCCUUCACUCUGCAAUUUAAUUAUUGUAAAUGCAAAUGUUAGCAAGCUAGGAAAAACCAAGCUAGAAUUUUCGAGAAAAAUAAUGAAGUUGAACUUUUCUCUAAUUACAAAUAAAUUUCACAGUAUCUAUAUUUCAAGCCCAACAUUUAUUAUUUUGAA